GGUGGAGAAGGCGGAAGUGGGCGGGGACUGAAACUUUGUUUACUAAUGGGUCAAACAGCUUUAACCGCCUGCUCACUCAUACAGCUCCAAAACCACUCGAAGAGUAUUGUGUGGGCUGUUUGUUUGUUUAUCUGCUGAAACGUGAUGAUGAAGGCUGUUCUGGUGGUGCAUGGCGGCGCGUGGGCCAUACCCGACAUGUUGGCUGAGGCAACAGUGGAAGGGGUGAAAGCUGCUGCUCAGGCUGGGAGUGUUAUUCUGAAGAGUGGGGGGUGUGCACUGGAUGCUGUUGAAGUGGCUGUGAGAGUGAUGGAGGAUAAUCCGGUUUUUGAUGCAGGUCACGGUGCUGUGCUGAAUACCGAUGGAGAAGUGGAGCUGGACGCCAUCAUCAUGGAGGGAAAAACACUGGCCGCCGGUGCUGUUUCUUCAGUUAGAAACAUUGCUAACCCUGUUAGCCUUGCCCGUGCUGUAAUGGAAAAGACCGAGCAUGUCAUGUUGACUGGCCAAGGAGCGAACCUGUUUGCAGAGAGCAUCGGUGUUCCUUCAGUACCAACACAGGCUUUGGUGACUGAACAGGAGAGGAAAGAGUGGCAGCAUUACAAGAAGUACAGUGUUGGUGUCAAAGAGCUUUUUAACUCACAGCAUGGCCAUGACACUGUCGGAGCAGUGGCUCUGGAUGCAUUUGGGAAUGUUGCCUGUGCAACUUCGACAGGAGGAAUCAGGAACAAAAUGGUGGGACGAGUUGGAGAUUCUCCUUUCAUUGGAUCAGGAGGAUAUGCAGACAAUAAGAGUGGCGCCGUGUCCUGCACUGGCCACGGAGAGUCUAUUCUGAAAGUCACCUUGGCCAGGCUAAUCCUCUUUCACAUGGAACAAGGGAAGUCAGCGUGUGAAGCAGCUGAUUGCUCUCUGCAGUAUAUGGCUGAGCGUGUUCAGGGGGGUGGAGGAGCUGUAGUCGUGUCUCCCACCGGGGACUGGAGUGCGAUGUUUACCACAGAGCGAAUGGCCUGGGCCGCCUUCAAGAGAGAACGUCUUUACUACGGUUUAAACCCCAAAGAAAUGUUUGAGGAAACAUCAAUUUGUUAACGCAUUUGUUGCAUUUUUUUGUUUAACUCAGUUUUAUGCGAUCGUGCCAUACAAGAAUGAAAAAAUCAUUUUUUUCAGGUGAGAAACUAAACAGUUUGGACUUCCUAGCAUAGGUCUGAAUUUAGCUUUUAACUUUGAAUAUAUAGAAUAUGAGCCCCUCUGUGUCACAGGAGUUGUCAUUCAGCAAGGCUGUAAUAGAGCCGUAUUUACAAACAUACACAAUAUUAUGAAUAUUAUACACAAUCUUGCACCUUCAUAUCUUCUCGAUCUUCUCCAUACUCCAACACCAACUCGCACUCUUAGAUCCUCCUCUUCCACUCAUUUCAUUGUUCCCUCUGUCCGUCUUGUAACUAUGGGGAAUAGAGCUUUCAGUUACUCUGCACAUCAGCUCUGGAGCUCACUUCCAUCUGAACUCCGUAAUAUUGAUUCUCUUUCAUUAUUUAAAUCUCAACUCAAAACUCAUCUGUUUAGUUUAGCUUAUUCUACACCAUAAUCUGUACUACUGGUCCAAAUCGUAUCUCUAUGUAACUUGCUGAUCUUAAUUGUUUUUAUUUUUUUGUUUUUGUAUGGUGACCUUGAGUGUUCAGAAAGGUGCCUUUAAAUUAAAUGUAUUAUUAUUAUUAUUAUUAUUAUUAUUAUUAUUAUUAUUAUUAUUAUUAUUAUUAUUAUUAUUAUUAUUAUUAUUAAUUCUAAAGUGGAUUUAUUAUUUAAUGCUAAUUUUGCUAUUUCAUAUUGUACCUACAUUACCCAUACAUUUUAUACUGUAUGUCAUCAUUAGAAUAUACACAGGGUUUUUAAAAUGUAUCCCAGUGUAUGUACAUUUACGGCAUUUAGCAUACAUUCUUAUCCAGAACGACUUACAUUUUAUCUCAUCUUAUACAGUUGAGUAAUUGAAAGUUAAGGGCUUUGCUCAGGGACUCUAGUGGCAGCUUUGGUGGACCUGGGAUUCGAGCUCGCAUCCUUCCAGUCGGUAACCCAACACCUUAACCACUAAUCUACCACAGCUCUGUAUAUGUAUACAUUGAAUUGCUCAUGAGGAGGCUUGGGUAAAUUAUUUACAUGGAACAUUAUAAGGCACACAUUAUAGAUGCGUUCUUUAACCUGCUUGUACGUGACUGGAUUCUCUAAUAACAUCGGCCAGAUGGCAGUCAGUAAAACAGAUGAGAGAUGCAGCAAAGUAUAGACAUGAACAACAAUUAUUUUCUAUCUACACUUUCUUGUUGUUUUCAUCCGAGGAAUUUUUUCAUUUACUACCUUUAUGGAUAUUUGAAGUCCUUAAUAUCCUCAAAAUUAGCUUCAAAUUUUAUUUGUAUUCAAUUAAAUUAGUAUCUGCUCCAAAUUUCUGACCUGUCCUUGAUGCUCAUAAGCUGCUGUAUAUCUCCAACAUGUAAAUGAAUAUGUUCUGUUUGAAAUGUAGCCUAUGUGCUUUCUCUCUAUACACUGUGAAAUGUCACAUGACCAGAUGAUACUAAGCUUAUUUUAGCAAGGUUUAAUGUUGCUUCCAUGAAACUGUCAUUACUAUUACAGCUUCCCAUUAACAGAUUAGCACCUUUGGGGUUUGAUUCGUACCUCUGAUGUUUGCAGUGUCUGCAUGUUCUCCCUGUACUUUGUAGGUUUCCUCCCCAUUCCAAAGGCAUGCAUUGUAGUAUGUGUGUACGUGUACAGUAUAUUUGUGUUGGUAUGUAUGCAUGUGUCUGUGUGUGUGUGCCUGUGCAUGUGUGUGCCUGUGCAUGUGUGUGCCUGUGUAUAUGUGUGUGCCUGUGUAUAUG